AUGACAAAAAACGACGAAAUUUAUUAUGCAAAUGAGUCAGAGUUGGAAGAAUAUAUAUUAAACGAAGUAACUGUUAUGCAUAAAUGGCACUGUAGAGAUGCUUGGCUUUUGGGGCAGUUUAGUACUGUAUGUCUAGAAACUGUGUUACAUUUAUUAGCUUUGUGUUUGGAAGACAAGCUCCUAAACAGCAACGAGUUUGGAGAUGCAUCUGCGGUUGUGAGGGCCCUGGCUGUAGCCAAGUUAAAUGGUCUGAUUUCCAACAAAAUAAUGAAAAUCGAGUUUUGCCAAGCGCUUGGACCGGUAGCAAAGAAAUUAUGGCGAUGUACCGGAACUUUGGUAUGCAAAUCGGUUACGGACAAUCGUGGUGUUAUGCUGCAUAUAAUUGCAGUAUGCAGAUGCAUUGGCGUACCAUGUCGAAUCGUAACCCUUCGUAAUUUUGCGCCACGCAUUGAAUACGGCACAUCGAUAAAUUUGGAUCUGAUCGAUGAUAUGGUUGCAGAGAAAAACAAAGAUACAGUUUGUUUUUAUUGA